UGAUAUAUAACCCUCAUGUCUGGGGCUGAUGCAAUCCUUCAAGAAGACGGAACGUGUCGUCAGCUUCACCAGCUAUUAAAGACAAACAUCCUUUCUCUGUAACUAACCAAGGCGCCAAGAAACAAGGGACACUCGUAUCUUCCGAGUUUUAUAAAGAUCACCCAGCUAAUUAUCUGGUGACUGUGAAGAUGCCUUUUAUCAGAGCAUUCAGCAAGGUGGCUAAGCAGGCCCUCCUGAGCCCAGGAUGUGGCUGUCAGCCAAUCACAGUGGCCGUACGGACCAUCAGCUUCUCACCUCGCCAGGUCACCUCAGACGCCAGUUUCCACUCCGUGUCCUUCUCCGAGACGGACCACCCCAAGGUGCUCAUCACAGGUGGCCUUGGACAGUUGGGCGUAGGGCUGGCUACAAUGUUGAGGAAGCGGUUCGGAAACAACAACGUGAUCCUGUCGGAUAUCAGGAAGCCUCCAAGUCACAUCUUUCACAGCGGACCCUUCAUCUACUCUGACAUCCUGGACUAUAAAAACCUUCGUGAGAUCGUUGUCAACAACCGCAUCACCUGGUUGGUUCAUUACAGUGCCCUGCUCAGUGCUGUGGGAGAGUCCAAUGUAGCUCUGGCACGGGACGUCAACAUCACUGGGCUCCACAACGUCCUGGACAUUGCAGCGGAGCACGGACUGCGUCUGUUCGUCCCCAGCACCAUCGGAGCUUUCGGGCCCACCUCUCCCCGGAACCCGACCCCUGACCUCUGUGUCCAGAGACCCAGGACCAUCUAUGGGGUCUCCAAAGUCCACGCAGAGCUCAUGGGAGAGUACUACCACCACCGCUACGGCCUUGACUUCCGCUGUCUGCGCUACCCAGGCAUCAUCUCUGCUGACUCGCAGCCUGGAGGAGGAACGACAGACUACGCGGUAGCCAUCUUUCACGACGCCGUAAAGACGGGGAAGUUUGAGUGCAACCUGAAGCCAGACACGCGGCUGCCCAUGAUGUACAUCGACGACUGUCUGCGUGCCACCGUGGAGAUGAUGGAAGCGCCCGCAGACACCCUCUCCAUGAGGACCUAUAACAUCAACGCCAUGAGCUUUUCCCCUGAAGAGCUGGCUCAGGAGGUCCAGAAACAGCUGCCGGACCUGGAGGUCACCUACGACAUCGACCAAGUCAGACAGGCCAUCGCCGACAGCUGGCCAAUGAACUUUGACGACUCUAACGCGCGGAACGACUGGGGCUGGAAACACGACUACGACCUCCCGGAGCUCGUCCAGACCAUGCUCAACUACAUCGGCUCAGACUCGCGCAUCGCAAAGGCCAACUGAGGGGGCCAGAGGUGGCGUGAUGCUGGCUGACGUGAUGCUGGGUGGGGGUGAUGCUGGGUGACGUGAUGCUGGAGCAGUGUUUCUUUGUACAUACUGUAAAGACUGUUGUUUUAUAGGAGGGAGACACGUGGUGUGUAAAUAGUCGUUUUCUCUGUCAUUUGGAAGGGCUCUCAAUCUGUCUGUGUGUCUGUGUGUCUGUGUGUCUGUGUGUCUCUGGGUCUGUGUGUCUCGGGGUCUGUGUGUCUGUCUCGGGGUCUGUGUGUCUGUCUCGGGGUCUGUGUGUCUGUCUCGGGGUCUGUGUGUCUGUCUCGGGGUCUGUGUGUCUGUCUCGGGGUCUGUGUGUCUGUCUCGGGGUCUGUGUGUCUGUCUCGGGGUCUGUCGGUGUCUGUCUGAACAAGUUACUAGAACGUGGUCGUGUGAGAAGUAGCGGGCCGAUUCCCCUCCUUCUCUCCCUCCCUCCCUCCCUCUCAGGAAGGAGGAGAGGUUGGAACACAGGGGUCUGAGAACAUGUUGAGAUAAAACAUCGGAGGCGUUGACUCCAUAAAUUGACUCCAUGGGGUUGACUCCAUGGGGUUGACUCCAUGGGGUUGACUCCAUGGGGUUGACUCCAUAGGGUUGACUCCAUGGGGUUGACUCCAUGGGGUUGACUCCAUGGGGUUGACUCCAUAGGGUUGACUCCAUAGGGUUGACUCCGUGGGGUUGACUCCAUAGGGUUGACUCCAUAGGGUUGACUCCAUAGGGUUGACUCCAUAGGGUUGACUCCAUGGGGUUGACUCCAUAGGGUUGACUCCAUAGGGUUGACUCCAUGGGGUUGACUCCAUAGGGUUGACUCCAUGGGGUUGACUCCAUGGGGUUGACUCCGCGGGGUUGACUCCACGGGGUUGACUCCGCGGGGUUGACUCCGCGGGGUUGACUCCACGGGGUUGACUCCACGGGGUUGACUCCGCGGGGUUGACUCUGUGGGGUUGACUCUGUGGGGUUGACUCUGUGGGGUUGACUCUGUGGGGUUGACUCUGUGGGGUUGACUCUGUGGGGUUGACUCUGCGGGGUUGACUCCGCGGGGUUGACUCCACGGGGUUGACUCCGCGGGGUUGACUCCGCGGGGUUGACUCCACGGGGUUGACUCCGCGGGGUUGACUCCGCGGGGUUGACUCCACGGGGUUGACUCCGCGGGGUUGACUCCACGGGGUUGACUUCGCGGGGUUGACUUCGCGGGGUUGACUCCGCGGGGUUGACUCCGUGGGGUUGACUCCGCGGGGUUGACUCCACGGGGUUGACUCCACGGGGUUGACUCCACGGGGUUGACUCCGCGGGGUUGACUCCGCGGGGUUGACUCCGCGGGGUUGACUCCGCGGGGUUGACUCCACGGGGUUGACUCCGCGGGGUUGACUCCGCGGGGUUGACUCCACGGGGUUGACUCCACGGGGUUGACUCCACGGGGUUGACUCCGCGGGGUUGACUCCACGGGGUUGACUCCGCGGGGUUGACUCCGCGGGGUUGACUCCGCGGGGUUGACUCCGUGGGGUUGACUCCGUGGGGUUGACUCCGUGGGGUUGACUCCGCGGGGUUGACUCCGCGGGGUUGACUCCGCGGGGUUGACUCCGCGGGGUUGACUCCGCGGGGUUGACUCCGCGGGGUUGACUCCACGGGGUUGACUCCACGGGGUUGACUCCACGGGGUUGACUCGCGUGGCUAUAAAUUAUGAUUUAACAUUUUAACAGGCAAACAAACAAACAAAAGAAUGGCGCAUUGGUCAACCUAAAGAAUCCUUCUUCUCUCUGUGGGAGAGCUGAUGUUAUAAAGGUCACCUUCUAUGUACGUAAAGCUAUUGCAAAGGGGUUCGCUGUUGUAGAAGUAUUUAGCCAAAAGCUGGGAAUUCAGGUUUCAAAAGGCCCUACAUUUACAGUCAUAAUCACACAAGUUUUAGAUUGAAGAGGUUUAUUUAAUAUAAGCGUUGUGUUUGAUGCACUUUAGAGUAUGAGAGGAAAAUGAUUUUAAACCCUUUUUAAAUAAAUCA